AUGACUAAUGACAUGGGUUAUCCAUUCAUCCAUCCCUCCUUCUUGGCCUACAUGCUGUCUCUCAUUUGCUUUUUUCCUAACCGCUUAUUAUUACUCUUCGUAUUUCGUAUUCUUUUCUGCUUUUUCCAUCGGUCGGGGGUUGCACAAGACAUGGCGGCUGUGCUUGACCACAAGACGGUUGAUCUCCAGCACAUCUGCAGACUGGCUUGCUUGGUGUGUGCCAACUUCCAAGAAUCUGACGCAUGGACGCCAUUCUGCAGGACCAUCUCGUCCCGCCCGGCCCCAGGAGUGAGGGAGAGAGAGAGGCAGCUAGCUUGCCAGCCCAGCUCUCUGGGAAAGAAUCAGCCCAUACAUACUGGGCCUUCCCUGGCGCCCCGCCGUACUACCACAACUACGGAAUCCUACGACUUGAUUGAUUGA